AUGAUAGAUAUUACACGGGACAGUGGUCAUUCCAAUGAUGACCCUAGGCUUCUUGCAACAGAAGGUGGGCCUUAUGGACCGUCUCGACCGAGCAGAUCACGUUACAUCGAAUCUCAUCCAGUUGAGGACGAUAUCAGACGCGGGCCGGUAUCCCUACAAAAUGUCCGCGGUGCCCCGUUUGCCAAUCCACAAUGGCCAGACAACCCCCCACUGGGAAUGCCUUCCCGUCCCGCAAUCGGCCAGCCCGCUCCGAUUGGUCCCCGAUUUGGCACAACCGAGGCACAGGUUGAGAUGACUCGAGGACGGUUGGAUCCGUCAGCAGAGCAAGGUCGAACUUGGCCUAGCGGACAACGUAACUUGCCAGAACAGAACAGACAAGGGCAAGUGGGUCGUCAACGCGGUAAGUAA